AUGGCUUCUUCGUCUACUUCAGCCUCUGCUCAACCCUCUUCGUCUGCAGCCUCUGCUCCUGCGACUUCGACAUUUGGCCCGCCACUACCCGAGCACAUCUCUUCGGACCUCCCUGGAGAUUUAAAUGCGCUCCCCUUGGAGCUGGUAUGGACGAUCUUCGAUCAGCUUUUCAUGCCAGACCCAACCCGGCUAACCCACAAGGGCUUUUGCUCACUUCGCAAGCUUGCGCUCACAAACAAGAGCGUGGCAGCCCACAUCGAAGCAUAUUUAAACAAAAAGAAAACUGCAAACAACAUCAAAUCCAUUGUGCGCGAAAUCAAAUGGUGGAACUGGGACACUAUAAUGGGCAUAAUGGAAGACAAUGGUACUAAAAUCGACGAUCCCGAGUGUGACGUGAUCACAGGAACCAUUAUAGAUGAUUGCCCAGACUGCUUCAUGUGCCUGCAAAAAAUGAUCCCAGAACUGGAUGGUACAGGUGUUAGUCAGAACGGCUGGACCUUUGUCGCUCUUGCUGCAUACCAUGCAUCUCUAAAGAUCCUCAACUUCUUCUUCACUUCGAAGCCAUACUACGGCCCUUGCAUUCAUCUGCUUGCACGUUGGGCGAACGUUUUCCGUGGUCGACGAUAUAAUACCCUUUCGGUGAUCACUAAACAGGGAAAUUUACAGUUUCUCCGCGCUUUGUUUACAUUCUUGGGCCCCCUGGGGGUCCGUCAAUUCAAUUACCCUGGUCCAUUUGGAGUUCCACUUCAGAUAGAAGAUAUGUAUCAUCUUUGCGGAUUUGCGACUCCCAAGAUGGCUAAACAUUGGCGCAAAUUCGGUAUACCUCUUCAUCUGAUCCGUAAUGGAACGGACCGUCUCAAUGCAUACCACGCAGCGGCGGCGACUAACAGCAUCGACUUCUUAGAUUACUUGUACGAAAUCUCACCUCUUGAUAUGAACCAGCGGGAUAACGAAGGUCAGACGCCCCUUCAUUUUGCAAUUAGUGCUAAUCGUCUCGACGUUGUGCUUUGGUUCAUCGAGCAUGGUGCCCAAGAAAACAACACCGACCGGCGGUCUUUGAUAAAUGCAGGUCACCUUGCGGCCAAACCGACCACUGAACAGAGUGAAAAAAUGCUGGAGGCGGUUCUCCCCUCAGCUGAGUCCGCUCUACUAAAACCUAUCUCAUGUGGUACUAUGAUAGGCCGCAUGCUGAACCAUUUGAGAAAGUUCAUUAUGGAAUCAGCUGUGAAUUCUAACCUUUCUAUAGAGGAGUAUGCUUCACUUCGGCAAUUGCAUGAAGAACGAGCUCUUAGAAAAUGCCACCUGAUCUUCAAUGCUUCAACUCUCGGAUGUGUUCCCAUCGGACACGAAAAUUUGAAUGUCGGCGGUCAGAAUUUCCAUCGUCCUGGUUGUCGCCACAUGCUCGUCGCAAAGAAUAUCGCUAGAAGUCUUGGAUUUGAAAGCGUCUUGGGAGUCAUUUCGAAAUAUUACGGUUAA